AUGCCGACCCCUCCGCAUGCUUCAUUUCCUCAGGCUCAGGCUCAGGCUCAGGCUCAGGACGGCCACGGCCAUACAUCGCAGAUCCAUUCCCAUUUACAACCCGGAAAUACCCAAGCAUACUAUCAACAUCCACAUGUUCUCCACAAGCAGCCUUCUCCCCAUCUCAUGCCCCCGCCUCCACUCCCCCUCGACCCCGCCCUAGUCGGCUCCCACCAGCAGCUCGCCCACUCUUCUGCUCAAGGCCCAUACCCAUACCCCCCUGGGUACACUCAGCCACAUCAGCAGCAGCAGCAGAGGGGGUCUCAAUUGCAAUUUCAGCAAGCCCAGCAGUUUGCUCAGCUACAGGAGCCCGACGAUGGCUCCGAUGACGACGACGAUGGCGGGGAAAGCGACGACGAACCCGUGGCUGGCGGAAAUGACGGAAAAGGCAAUAAAAAGCGCACCAAGGCCGGCGGGGGAACCGCAGCCAAGAAGCACAAGCAGAACACACAGGCACAAGACGACGAUGACGACGAGUCUGGCACUCCGGCUAGUGGUGCAGGCCCUAAGCCCAAGGCCACUCGUGGCUCCAAGGCAUGCAUGAACUGCCGACGUCUGAAAAUGAAAUGUGUUGGUGCAGGCGAUGAUUCCUCUGGAAAGUGUGACCGUUGUCGCUCAAACAACCAUGAAUGUGUUUUCGAGGAGAGCAAUAGGGGCAAAAAGCCAUCCAAAAAACAAGAAAAUCUCAUGCGCCAACUCAAGCGCAUGGAGGUCACUCUUGACACGUUGAUGCACUCGAUCUCUCAUCCGGGCAUCAAUUCGCUCCCUGCUGGCACCGUCACUCGUUCGCCGACUCCCUCCUCACCGUCUGUUCAAGCUCUCAUGGGAUCUCCCUCGGUUAGCACCCCCGACAUGACCAACACGAGCACCGGCUCUUCGCUCCAAAAGCCUCUCGAGAAACCACGGUCCAGCUCGCCCCGCCUUCACAUGCUUCCAGAUAACACACUUAAUCCGCUGGGACUCCUGGCCGAAGCCAGCUUGGCAAACCGCCGUGACAAGGGAACUUCUUCCGGGAUCGGGGGUAUGCUUCCAGGAAAUCUCAAUGAAGAUGACGGAAGUGGCAAAGUAGACGGUCGACCCGUUGGGGUUGCCUCGGACGCAUACUUCAAGCCCGGACCAAUGAACAUUUUGCCAUUGCGCCGCCUGUAUAUCGAGCGCCAAGUCCAACCCGAGAUGCUGAGUUUUGUCUCAACCGAGGAAGUUUUGGAGUUGUUUGAGAUAUAUUUUGAUCACCUGAAUGCUCAAAGUGGGUUAUUGGAGCGCGGGUUUCAUACCCCGUCGAUGAUUUGCUCACGUAGCCCGUUCUUGCUUACUACAAUCUGCUCUAUUGCGGCCAAGUUUUACUCCAAAAAGCCCGAGCUCUACUUGAAACUUGGAGCGAUUGCCAAAAAACUCGCGUUCAGUGUUCCGGAAAGGGGAUACAAGAGCGUUGAGAUUGUUCAAGCAUACAUUCUUCUAUCCCUAUGGGGCUCAGGUCCUGUAGAACGUUAUGAACAAGAUAAGACUUGGCUUCUUCUCGGCCUUGGGAUUCGAAUGGCAACCGAUCUCAACCUCCACCGCAAGAGCCAACCGCAGCUGGAUGACUCUCCAGAAAGCCGGGCCAGGGCUAGGGAGAUUCGGAAUCGCGAACGCACUUGGCUGGUAUGCUACAUUCUCGAUCGUAGCCUCAGCGCGCAGAUGGGUAAACCGCAUUCGAUCAAAGAAGAUUUUGUGAUUCGGAACGCAGGACAGUGGUGGAAGCAGCCGGAUUCCAUUGAACAAGAUGCCGGUGUUGUUGCGUAUCUGGAGAUGCAACGUAUCCUUUCACGAAGCCUUGACUUUUUGUAUUCAGGAACGCAAUCUGCAUCAGGUUUGCAAACAGACUGCGACUACUUGUUGGUCAUCAAGACGAUCGAGUCCCAGUUGCAAGCCUGGAGUGAUGAUUGGGAAUACUGCCGCAAGAAUGACACAUCUCCGAGCGCCGACUAUCGUUCGCUGGCCGCAACAUUCUACUACCAUUACGCCAUGUUGGUCAUCAACUCGUUUGGGCUCCAGAAUGCUAUGGAACGCUCGCGGGUUGACAUUGGACAUUUCUUCUCCCGGUGUCACACGUCGGCUAUGUCUUGUGUCCUGGUAGUGCGUGACGAGUUGGCUCCCCGUGGAUACAUGCGUUACUCUCCGGAUUCGCAUUUCGUAUUCACGUCUUAUGCGGUUCUUACUCUGUUGAAGCUCAUUCGGCCAGAAUUCUCUGCUUUCCUUGACAACGAGAAAAAGACGCUCCAAAUCGUCAACGACGUUGCUGAUGUGCUAGAGCAAAUCGCAGCCAAUCCGUACCACACCCCGGCAUUGUACAGCACAUUCCUUCGUGCCCUCAUUGCCGCAAAGAAAGAGGCUGUUACUGCUCCUCCGUCUCCAAAACUAUUACCCGCUGCGGAUGGUCAAGAAGUAGACGCAGAAGGACAUGCCCAACAUCAUGCGGGUCCUACUCUUUCUCACAACGAACCAAUGGGAGAAAUCCCGUUCAACGGAAUGAGAAUGUAUCCUCCUACCGGGGAUGGUCCCCUCGGCCCGUUAGAGGUCCCAAUACACACAGACGAGGCGUUCCCACCUUCACAUCACGGGCACCUCGAUCCGGAAAAUCACAACAUGGAUGGACUAGGCAUGGGCCAAAUGUUCUCCGACGGAUUUUGGGAUUCGAUGCUCAUGCCCGGCUACGGCACCCAACUUGGUGGAUUGAGCGGAGGAUUCGUGAUUGGAAUGGGAGGCAAUUCUGGGUUCAUCACCCCGCGGGUUGGUUCACCUGGACCUUUUGCGUCUGGAACUGGGUCCCCGGUACGAGAUGCGAACCAUAUGGACGGUAUGAAUUACCCAUAUGCACCUGUGUUCCAUGAGACUACAUGA